AUAAUACUGCUGAUACGUGUUGGGUACGUCUUGUACUCAAUCAACCUCUGUAGCCACAUACCUCUGAUGGUUACUGAGAAGACUGUGAAAACUUUGGUAGUUCUUGGUUCAGGUGGUCAUACUGGGGAAAUGCUCAAAAUGGUUGCCACAUUGGAUCCAUUUUGCUAUAGUCCACGAGUUUAUGUUGUAGCCGCUACAGAUGCCAUCAGCCUCAAAAGACUCUCACAGAUGGAGGAAAGACUUCAGGUAAACAGCGGAGGAGAGGACCAGUUCAUAGUGGAAGUUGUGCCCCGGACUAGGGAGGUGGGACAGUCAUGGACUUCAACAACAGUCACUGCAGUAUGGGCUUUUAUCUUUAGUGUUUUAAUAGUUGCUCGUCACCGUCCAUCGCUCAUCCUCACCAAUGGGCCAGGAACGUGUGUGCCGGUAUGCAUUUCAGCUGUAUUAUUUCGCAUCCUUGGUAUUUGUCAGGCUCGUGUGGUAUUUAUUGAAAGCCUCUGUCGUGUGCAGUCCCUCUCUCUAUCUGGCCGCAUGUUGUAUAGAAUAACGGAUGACUUUAUUGUACAAUGGCCACAGCUGAAGGACAAGUACCCACGAUCUAAGUACAUGGGUCGUCUGGUGUGAUGCGAGUCAUAGGUGAUGUCUUCUUUGUAAUCUUUUGUGUUAAUAAAAUCAUGUGUUUGAA